CCCUGCAAAGCAAUGAAUUAGUCUUCUCCGCUCCAUGAGAUUAGUGCUGAUGCUAGUAGCUAGUAGUUUUCCUGUGAUCUGAUCCUCGCUAUUUCUUCACUCUUCAUUUCCAAUUUCCUUCACCACUUCUUUCCUUGCAAACAAUUUCAGUUGGCUAAUUGAAGCAUGGAACCUCAAGUAUGGGCACCUUGCAACUAUCAGCCAGCCAAUUUGUCCAUGGAGCACUCUGUAUGGAUUCCUGGCGUCCCCGUGUCGUGUAAGUUCGAGCCAACCGAGAUGACAUGUUUAGAAGAAACGUCCGUAGCUAGCUCCAGCACAGGGCAGCAGCUUGUUCAGCAUACAGCUGCAGACACACCCAGUUAUGAUGAUCCAUUUGGUGUUUUCCAGAGCAAAGCACUAGAGCUUGAGCAUGACAAUGACCAGUGGGGAAACAAGAUGCAUAGGUACCCUGCAAGCAUUCGAGAACUCGGCUACCGUUACACAGUUCCGACGAUCGUGUCCAUCGGGCCAUACCACCAUGGCAAAGACCACCUCAAGAAGGCGGAGGAGGCGAAGCAUGUGGCCGCCUACAGCUGCAUCAAGCACUCAGGCCUCUCGGUCCAAGAGAUCUAUGAUGCGGUCGUCUCAGCCGCAGUCGCAGGAGAGGCCCGUAGGCUCUACGACAAGGACACGAUGAUAGGUAUCGAGGAUGACAACUUCCUGCCUAUGAUGUUUUAUGAUGCUUGCUUCUUGGUGCAGUUCAUGUUUUGGAUGGCCAGCGAUAAAGGCACGAUGCAGAUGCACCCGUGGUUGGACUUCUUUCUCAAGUCCAACAAGGGUGACAUCUUUCAUGACAUCAUGCUUCUUGAGAACCAGCUCCCCUGGGUGGUGGUUGAAACCCUCGCGAAGUUCACGUCCGUGAACUUGGAGAAUUUCGCUAAAGGUUUCAAACUGCACAACAGCCCCUCCCACACUCCGCUAAUGGAUGAUCUCAAAGCCAAAUCUUGUGCCGUUCAUGAUUCUACUGCUCCGUACAAUCCGCCACAUCUCCUUGGCUACGUCCGAUUCUAUAUUGUAGGGACAAACAAAUCCCAGAUGUACCAACCACACAAAGAAGCCAAAGUGGUAUCAUUUUCUCUCGGUGCCAUCGAGCUUACAGCAAUGGGCAUCAAGCUCGCGCCCAGCAAAACCACGGAGCUCGCGGACAUGGGCUUCAAGGAAGGGAGCUUCUCUGCCGAGCUCUUCCUGCCGCCCAUAGUACUGACAUAUUCGCGUGCAAGCUACCUCUUCAACAUGGCAGCUUUCGAGAUGACCUCAAAGUUUCGGCCGGGCCAUGGAGAAGACAGUGCAGUAUGCUCGUAUAUCCAGCUCCUCGGCAUGCUCAUGGAUAGGGAAGAGGAUGUGCAGGAGCUACGGUCCAGGGGUCUCCUCCCAGGAGGAGGAGGACUGAACGACAAGGAGACGCUCCACUUCUUCACCAGCCUUCGCGUCACAAGGGGGCCCUUGUAUCACCGCAGUAUUCGUGAUGUUGAGAUGUACAAGCAAAAUAGAUGGAUAUGGGUUAGGGUGCGCGCAUUUUGGCACAAGUACAAGAAACCCAUGCUCGGAACGCUCUCCAUCAUUGCUACACUGUCCGGUGUCCUGGGUGCAGCGUUCAGAAAAAGAUAG